GCAAUAAUCAUCACAUAUGGCAAAAGUCAACAUUAAGGUAACUAGUUGUCUUCUUUGAUAUGUAGAUUGAAGAGGAAAGAUCAAAAGCUAUCUGUUGUUGUUAGAGAUGAGGAAUACAGAGCUCAUCUUCAUACCAACACCAACCGUUGGUCAUCUUGUUCCGUUUCUUGAAUUUGCUAGGCGUCUCAUUGAGCAAGAUGAUAGGAUCCGUAUCACAAUCCUCUUGAUGAAGCUACAAGGUCAGUCACAUCUAGACACUUAUGUUAAAUCUAUUGCCUCUUCUCAGCCCUUUGUUAGAUUCAUUGAUGUCCCUGAGUUAGAGGAGAAACCUACACUUGGUGGUACACAGUCUGUGGAAGCUUAUGUAUAUGAUGUUAUUGAGAAGAAUAUCCCUCUUGUGAGAAAUAUAGUCAUGGAUAUUUUAUCUUCUCUUGCAUUGGAUGGAGUUAAGGUCAAGGGAUUUGUUGCUGAUUUUUUCUGUCUCCCCAUGAUUGACGUUGCAAAAGAGGUAAUAAGUCUUCCUUUCUAUGUGUUCUUGACUACAAAUUCCGGGUUCUUAGCGAUGAUGAAGUAUCUAGCAGAUCGACAUAGUAAAGAUACAUCGGUUUUUGUAAGAAACUCCGAGGAAAUGUUGUCGAUUCCUGGCUUUGUAAACCCUGUCCCAGCCAAUGUUCUGCCAUCAGCUCUGUUUGUUGAAGACGGUUAUGAUGCUUACAUUAAACUGGCUAUAUUGUUUACAAAGGCUAAUGGAAUCUUAGUGAAUUCUUCCUUUGAUAUUGAGCCUUACUCUGUCAAUCACUUUCUUGAUGAACGGAGUUACCCUUCUGUUUAUGCUGUUGGCCCCGUAUUUGACUUGAAGGCCCAGCCUCAUCCAGAGCAGGACCUGGCCCGUCGUGACGAGUUGAUGAAAUGGCUUGAUGAUCAGCCCGAUGCAUCGGUUGUAUUCCUUUGUUUUGGGAGUAUGGGCAGGUUAAGAGGUCCUCUAGUGAAGGAAAUAGCUCAUGCACUUGAGCUCUGUCAGUACAGAUUCCUCUGGUCACUUCGUACUGAAGAAAUGACGAACGAUGAUCUUUUUCCCGAGGGAUUCCUUGACCGUGUCAGUGGACGUGGAAUGAUAUGCGGUUGGUCUCCUCAGGUGGAAAUACUGGCCCAUAAAGCAGUUGGAGGUUUUGUGUCUCAUUGUGGAUGGAACUCAAUAGUAGAGAGUUUAUGGUUUGGUGUGCCAAUUGUGACAUGGCCAAUGUAUGCAGAGCAACAGCUCAAUGCGUUUCUGAUGGUUAAGGAACUAGAGCUCGCAGUGGAGCUGAAGCUUGAUUACAGGGUAUAUAGCGAUGAAAUAGUAAAUGCAAACGAGAUAGAGACUGCUAUUCGUUGUGUAAUGAGCAAGGAUAAUAAUGUUGUGAGGAAGAGAGUGAUGGAUAUCUCGAAGAUGGCGCGGAAAGCUACGUGUAAUGGUGGAUCUUCGUACUCGGCUAUUGAGAAAUUCAUACAUGACGUGAUAGGAAUUAAGCCCAAGCCUUUUCUUGUCCAAUAAGUUACUUUAUACUAAAACUUGUUCUUGAAACAUCUGCGAAUGAAUCUUGCUGAGAUUUGAUUGUUUUUAUUGUUGAAUCAAUCUUUGUUUUUAUUGCAA